UGCCCUGAGCUGGAAGGCGCUGAACUUGAGGACCAGGGCCACGAAGGCACUGCUUUAACCCAUUGGGAAAAACGUCUGUUUGAGAAUGAAGCCAUGACGGGGACCCACACUCAGAACCCGGUGUAUUCGAGAAUAACUCUUGCCCUACUCGAAGACACUGGUUGGUAUCUUCCGAAUUAUGAGAUGGCUCAGCCGUUGUCUUGGGGUCGUGGGCUCGGCUGUGAAUUUGCCAUGAGGUCUUGCAAGGAUUGGAUGGAUUCUCGGUCCUUGCAGGGAUUGUCCAUCCAUCCAUUUUGCAAUAAAGUCAAGUUGGAUCCUUUGCAAACUGAAUGCACAGAAGACCGCGCCUCCGUGGCCUUGUGUAAUCUUGUGGAACAUGGUUCCGACUUGCCUGCGCAAUACAAGAAUUUUUUGCGGAUUCCGAACGUGGCGGAUUCCGAGGUUGGCCGUUUCGGGGGAUCCGUUGUUCUCGCCGAUUACUGCCCGUAUAUUCAAGAAUUCACGUGGAAGUCGCAAAACAAGUUUGUGCGUGGCUCGCACUGCCUGUAUGAAGACAACAAUCCUGUGGAAGAUUUGAACUUCGCCUUGGAAGAAUAUGGAGAGAACUCGAAGUGUUUCGAGCAUCCGGAAAACCGACGCUGGGUGGAGAAGACUUGCGCGCUGAAACGGCACUGGGAACACUGGGGAUCUGGCUGCUAUCAGUAUUUAUGCUUUGAUGGACGACUUCAUGUGAUGGUCAAGAAUCACACGUUCACAUGUUACUAUCCGGGACAGCUGAUCAGCAUCAGUUUAUUUGCAAAUGGAUGGUUGCACGAGGGAGCGAUCGUGUGUCCCAAGUGCGAAGAUCUCUGUACAACUUAUCGAAUGAAGUGUCUCGCGCCCAGAACCGUCCCAAGGCAAGUAACAUAUCACAGAGACGCCCUCGAAUGUUCUGCUUCCCAAAUUUCGGCUCUGGCGGCGUUUUUGGCCGCCCUUCUGGGUUUCUUUACUACGACCGCCAUCACUUCCUUGUUGAUGCUUCCCGCGAUUAACGGAUUUGGAUGACUGCGAAAAUUUCGAGGUAGCUGAAUUUUUGUUACAUAAGCAACUAAGCGUGAAGUGUAUAAAACAAAUCGGAACCAAGUCUGUCGUUGUAAAUCGUGAUCAGUGUGACUGCGGACUUGUUGUUGGCCUGGUGGAUUUUUUUUUUGUUUGGAUCGGGAAACGAUUUUUUUCAGCUCUUUUAUAAUGUGGAAAUUGCUUUUGCAGUUUUAUUUUUUCUGUUGUUGCAUACACGAUGGGAAGUGAAUUUUGCUUAUUCAUGCGCGCGUUGCAUUGGGGUCGAGGUCAGUUGGACUCGGUGAUGUCGAAUUUGAAACGAAAAAAGUAUGACAGGGUCUCUGUCAUUCGUCGCCAACUGACCUCGCUGGUCAAAUGAGCCAUAACGCGCUUUAUCGGCCCCGUUGUGCCCAGUUGAUACGAAGACGUCUGUGAUAGAUGUCGGUGUUGACAUCGUCGCGUAUUUAGAGAACUGUUGGAGAACCUUAUAUCUUCACAUAACUAGAUGUGCUGAUACAACCCGACUCCGAUUACAUUAAUUGGCCCUCAGCGAUGAUGUUGAAUGGAUUUCCAUUCUCGUCUGUCCGGCUAUUAUUUUUAUUUUUAAAGUUAUACCAGUCAGGCACUUGUCAUUCAAAGUGGCGCCGAAAUUAUGAAGAUCGAACUUUUUGAAACAAGGGUCAAGGAUUUUUCUUCGAUUAAUAAAAUGAACAAGUUUCGCUGCACGAGUUUA